AUGGAGCAUCCAAUUCAAGAGCAGGCGUCGAAUCCUGAACCCCGAAAGAGCCACCACAAGUCCGUCCGCGUUGCCUUUGGGCCGGACCUGGAAACACACAUCCCCCCGCGCGACAGAUCCCCCGCGCCGGUUCCUGGUCACCACCGAUCCUUCACGACCGUGGAGCCGAAACAACCCCCCGUGAUAACCCCGGAAAGACCGACUAGCUCGUCCGCAGGCGAGAACCCGGCUCUCCUUGAAAACAAUGGCCGACUGAUUUCGGAUCGCGUGUCGGAUUCCGUCAGACCGUCCACCUUGAAGAGAGCUCGAAGUGAUUAUGGCCCCAGAGUGGGUCUCGAUAAAUCCUUGACCGGGGAUGAGGAAGAGGAUGUUGCGAUGAGACAUGGAUGGCAGGAGGAGUAUACUUCGAGCGAGUAUUUGAAAGUCCUGCACUCGAAUUUCUACAUGUACUUCACAGAAAAGCGCCAUGAGACGAACGGCAUCCCCCGGGACCCGGUCGGAAGCUGGCCCAGUCAAGACUGGCGCAUGAAGGACCGCCUGAAGACCGUCUCUGCUGCCCUCGCCAUAUGCCUGAACAUCGGCGUCGACCCGCCCGAUGUGGUCAAGACGAAUCCGACCGCUAAGCUGGAAUGUUGGGUCGAUCCCACGUCUACGACUGGCGGUGGUCACAACAAGAUCAUGGAGCAGAUUGGGAAGAAACUACAAGAGCAGUAUGAGACACUUAGCUUAAGAACUAGGUACAAGCAAUAUCUUGACCCAUCUGUCGAUGAGACCAAAAAGUUUUGCAUAUCUCUGCGGCGUAACGCCAAGGACGAGCGAGUGCUAUUUCAUUACAACGGCCACGGCGUUCCUCUUCCUACGCAGUCGGGAGAGAUUUGGGUGUUCAACAAGAACUACACUCAGUACAUCCCGGUGUCGCUGUACGACCUGCAGUCCUGGCUGGCUGGACCGAGCCUGUUCGUCUUCGAUGUCUCACAUGCGGGGAACAUCGUCCAGAACUUCCACACCUUCGUCGAGAAACAUGAAAAGGAGAAUGUCGAGGCGAAGAAGCGGGAUCCCAAUGCCAUCGUCCAAAACUAUGGCGACUGCAUCAUCCUUGCGGCCUGUCAAAAGACCGAGUCGCUCCCUACGAAUCCCGAUCUCCCGGCGGAUCUGUUCACUUGCUGCUUGACUACUCCGAUUGAGAUUGCUCUGCGCUUCUUCAUCCUGCAGAACCCCCUGCAGACGAAUAUCUCGAUUGACGAUUUCAGGGUCCCAGGCCGUUUACAAGACCGCAGAAGCCCACUAGGAGAGUUGAACUGGAUUUUCACCGCUAUCACGGACACCAUCGCCUGGAAUACCUUGCCACGGGCACUAUUCAAGAAGCUCUUCCGUCAAGAUCUUAUGGUGGCUGCUCUGUUCAGAAAUUUCCUGCUUGGCGAGCGUAUCAUGCGCACUUACAAGUGCCAUCCAAUUUCCUCCCCUGAGCUGCCCGAAACACACCAUCACCCAUUGUGGAAGAGCUGGGAUUUGGCAGUCGAGAUGGUCUUGUCGCAGCUACCCGCUCUGAUUGACCAUGAGGAGGGUCGCAGGCAAUAUGAGUAUCAGCAUUCGACCUUCUUUGCGGAGCAGCUUACCGCGUUCGAGGUGUACCUGUCCUCCGGCCCAACGGAAAAGAACCCCCCCGAUCAGCUUCCCAUCGUGCUGCAAGUCCUUCUCAGUCAAGCCCACCGACUCCGGGCACUGAUCUUGCUUAGCAAGUUCUUGGAUCUAGGACCGUGGGCGGUUCACCUGGCGCUAAGCAUCGGUAUCUUCCCGUACGUCGUAAAGCUCCUGCAGUCUGCCGCACAAGAGCUGAAGCCGGUGAUGGUCUUUAUCUGGGCACGGAUCAUGGCCGUGGAUUAUACGGUGCAAAACGAUCUGCUGAAGGACAACGGAAUCCAUUACUUCAUUUCCAUCCUCAAUCCUUCGUCGCCGAUUCCGGUGGGCAAUGCUAGCGAACACCGAGCCAUGUGUGCGUUCAUCGUUUCGAUCUUCUGCAAGAAUUACCCGCAAGGCCAGAAUGUGUGCCUCUCUGGCGAGCUCUUUGACUCCUGCCUGAAACAUCUGAUGGAUGUCGAGAAUCCUCUGUUGCGGCAGUGGUCAUGCCUCUGCAUCAGCAUGUUGUGGUCUGACUUUCCCGAAGCCAAGUGGAUGGGCAUUCGGUGCGCGGCCCCGGCUAGACUCUGCGAGCUGAAUUUCGAUCCUGUCCCCGAGGUUCGAGCUGCCAUGCUCCAUGCCGUGACAACGUUCCUGGGGAUCCCGGAUUUGACAGAUCAGGUUGCACAGAUUGAAGAGUCGUUAGCCAUGGCGGUGCUGCCCAUGGCAUCAGACGGUAGUGUACUGGUCCGGAAAGAACUAUUGGUCUUUUUCUCGACGUUUGUGAGACGCUACCAGAACAAGUUCCUGGUUGCUGCCUACGAAGAGUUCCAGGAUGAGAGACAGAACCUGCUCCUCAAAUUGGAGCAAGAUGGGACGCGAAGCCUCUCCCUGGAGGAUGUGCCCAACCUCUCCGCGAACGGCUCCACGGAUCCCAGCCAUCGGACCCAAACAUUAUCCCGGAAUACCACUUUUGGUACUAUUUGGAAACAACUACUUAUCCUUUCCGUUGAUCCCCACCCCGACAUUGCUCAGGAUGCAAGCAUGGUGGUGGACUACAUUCAUAUCUGUCUCCUUCAAUCCCCUAUGGCCGCGCUAACCAACAAGGUCCGGAACGAGAUUCUGGAUCUCUCCAACCGUGUCUCACAGAAGUUCCAGGCCCGCGAAAGACCCGAGUCCAAGAAGGCCGCCCCCCCGCCGACGCCCCCCUCCGUGGCACCCCCGAAACAGGAGGGCUACCUUUCCUUGAGCCUCAAGCGCACGGCCAGUGUCGCCGCGUCGCUCAAGAACCUGGCGUUCGGUAAUUCCUCCCUGACCGAGGCGCAGCAGCAAGCCUCGACGGCCCCGAAGAGCCGGAUGCCCAUGACCCCAAGAGGACGAGCGCCCCCCGAGUGGACGCGCCCCCCGGAGGUCAAUGAUCAAGUGGCUCCCGCGACGGCAUAUCAUCAGGCCCCAACCCCGACUUCCCGAGGCUUUGACCCCCGCGAUCCUACGGCCGCCCCUACGAUCCCCUUGAUGAGCAGAUUCCUAGAUUGGUCCACAGAGGUAAUCCCAGAACUCUUUGCUUUGAUGAGCGCGAAAAACCACCUUGAGUAUGAGCAACUUCUUACCCCUCUCCAGUAUUUCCGGGAACCCCAGAUGAAGCCCAACGAGCCCGACGAACCCGGUAGUGCGGAUUACAACGAACGCCUUUGGAGACGCAGUCGCAACGAGAAGAUUAUUGCCGAGACUCAACCCCUGAAGGGAGUCGCCGGUAGCAGCCGAUGGGAUAACUCAUUAUCGCUAUUGUCUAACAGCAGCCAACCCUUGAAGAUGUGCUUUCACCAAUUCGAGGAUCACCUCGCGGUGGCGGAUGACCGAGAUACGAUUGCGAUUUGGGACUGGCAGAGCCACAAACGCCUCAAUCGCUUUUCCAACGGGAAUCCAGCAGGCUCAAAGAUCAACGAAGUCCGCUAUAUCAACGAGGAUGACCAGGCACUUUUGAUGACAGGCUCCUCGGACGGAGUUCUGAAAGUGUUCCGGAACUACGAGUCCGCAAGAAACGUUGAAAUCGUCACCUCUUUCCGGGCCUUGCCAGAGCUCAUCCCCAGCAACCGCAAUGCCGGCCUGGUUCUCGACUGGCAGCAGGGCCAGGGCAAGGCGUUGGUCGCAGGAGACGUCAAGGUCAUCCGAGUGUGGAACGCGGCGACCGAAGUGUGCACUAAUGACAUUCCUGCUCGAUCUGGGUCUUGCAUUACGUCCUUGACGUCCGAUCAGGUGGCAGGUAACAUAUUCGUGGCAGGAUUUGGCGACGGUGCGGUGAGAGUGUUCGACCAACGUCUGAAGCCGACGACGGCCAUGGUCAAAGUCUGGCGUGAGCACAAGCAGUGGAUCACGAAUGUCCAUAUGCAACGAGGUGGGUUGAGGGAACUGGUCUCUGGUAGUCGAAACGGUGAGAUUAGACUGUGGGAUCUCCGAAUGGACAUGCCUAUCUCGACAUUCUCCGCCACCAGGGAUACGCUUCGCACAUUGAGUGUGCAUGAACAUGCCCCUGUGUUCAUGGUUGGUACCAACCGACACGAGGUCAAAACCUUCAACGUCGACGGUUCCUAUCUAUCCACCUUUGAACCAUACUCGAGCUUUCUGCACCACAACCGGUCCUCCCCAAUUGCUAGCACCGCCUUCCACCCUCACCGCACUCUGCUCGCCUGCGCCGCCCUCAACGACAACCACAUUAACCUCGUGAACUGCUAG